AUGAUGCGUUUCUCGAGUAUGCUUGUUCGCAAUGUCAGAUUGUGCGCAAAUGCUAACCAAAUGCAAGUUGCUGCUUUUUCAAGCAAAGCUCCAGAAAUGAUCAAAGUGGAGAAAGUCGGAGAGAAACAAAAUGUUGCUCUCGUCAAAUUGAACAGACCAAAGGCUCUGAAUGCCUUGUGUGCUCAAUUGAUGACUGAAUUGUCAGAUGCUCUCCAAAAUCUUGAUACCGAUAAGUCUGUUGGAGCCAUCGUUAUUACCGGAAGCGAGAGAGCUUUCGCUGCCGGAGCUGAUAUCAAGGAAAUGACUAACAAUGAGUUUGCAUCUACCUUUUCUGGAAGUUUUCUCUCUAACUGGACUGCCGUCACCGACGUCAAGAAGCCAGUGAUUGCAGCUGUCAAUGGAUAUGCAUUGGGAGGUGGCAACGAAUUAGCUAUGAUGUGUGAUAUCAUUUAUGCCGGAGAGAAAGCUCGUUUUGGUCAGCCAGAAAUCAACAUUGGAACCAUCCCAGGAGCCGGAGGAACCCAACGCUGGGCUCGCGCUGCUGGAAAGUCAUUUACUAUGGAAGUUUGUCUCACAGGAAACCAAGUCUCUGCUCAAGAAGCUAAGGACCGUGGAAUCGUCAGCAAGGUGUUCCCAGUGGAUCAAGUCGUCGGAGAAGCUGUGAAGCUUGGAGAGAAGAUUGCUGACCAAUCACCACUGAUUGUUCAAAUGGCCAAAGAAGCUGUUAACAAGGCAUAUGAACUGACUCUUCAAGAAGGCCUCCACUUUGAGAGACGUCUUUUCCAUACUACUUUUGCUACCAAGGACAGAAAGGAAGGAAUGACCGCUUUCGCCGAGAAGAGAAAGCCACAGUGGGAAUCGAAGUAG